AUGUGCCGGACGGUCCACAGUAUUGCCCCAAGUGCGCUGAGAAGAUGGCACCUUCAGCGGACACUCGAUGCGAAGGAGGCGCCCAAAGCACGGAUGAGUCCGACUGCUGCGAUUGGUCGGUUAUCUCAAUCUCUGAACUUUCCUUGCCAACUUGGAAGGUGCGAAAGGAAGGGAAGGGAGCUUCGCGUAGAUGCUAGCAUGUCGAAGGACGGUGUGAGGGCAAGAUCAUCCGGGCAGGUGGACGAUGCGCUUUGCCUAGAAGAACAGAUCCGAAUGCCAGAUGUGCAGGCGUUGCAGUAG